GUUAUUGCCAAGUAGCAAGCGGAAGAAACGGCCUCCCGAUCUCAGCAGAAUACAACGCGUUAGUAACUCGCUGGUGAACUGUUGAAAAUGGCAACGCUGCACGUCCUAGCACUAGUGUUGUGUUUGUACACGGGGAUGUUAUAUUGUAUGGGAUGUCCAAGUGAAAGUAUUACAAUAACAGGGGAAUGUUGUGAGCAGUGCGGACCAGGAACAGGUGUGGUCCAAUCUUGUACGGGAACUAACAAUACUGUCUGUGAGCAGUGUGAGACAGAGACAACAUUUUCAUCAGACUGGAGUCAUAUUACACCAUGUCAACAGUGCAGCAGUUGUCCAACCAACAUGCAGGUGAAGAUUCCUUGCAAUGCAACGCAUGAUACUGUAUGCGAAUGUGCUACUAAUUAUUAUAUGAACGACAAAGACUUCAGUUGCAGUCAAUGUGAUAUGUGUCCAGCGGGGUAUGGUGCUUUUGUUGCUUGUGGACCUUUACAGAAUUCUGUAUGCGCAGCAUGUGGUAACGGAACAUAUUCCGACGAAACCAGCACAAUGGCGGAAUGCAAGCAAUGUGCCGUGUGUGACAUGUUUUUACGAGCAUGUAACGAAUUGACCAAUACUGUCUGUUUUGAUGAAAGCGUUUAUUCAAUCGACUCAGUGACCUCAUCAGUGUCAUUGACUCUAACCACUGGAGGAGAGGAUUCAGUAAACUACAUUGUUGAUGAUUCCAGUAGUAACGUGGUACCGAUAUAUUGCUCUGUGCUGGGUGCAGUAAUCGUGGGAUUGCUUGUAUAUGUUGCUUGCAAAAGAUAUAAAAUAUGGAAAAAUAAACAAAAGCAUUACAAAGCAAGUCGAACGAGUCCAGUGAAGGGUCCUCCAUUACGUGAUGUGGAGAUGGGUAAAGGCCAUGGUAGUGACAGCGGCGUGUUUACGAACACUGAUAAUGUUAGCGCUGUCAAUGGUUGUGCCAGAAUGCCUCUGAUGUCAUUGCCCAGUACUACGUUAUUUAGAGACAUUGCAGAGGAUAAGAAAAGACAGAUAGAACUAUUACUCUGUACAACACGGCGAGAUGGAAGAGAUUGGAGAGCUCUCGCCAGGGAACUUGACUUCUCAGAUAACUCAAUCAUGGAAUUCUCAAAUAGUGUUGGCAAGCACAGUCCAGUCCGCAAAUUACUUUGUCAGUGGAGUAAAAGAGACAAUGCGUGUCUGGGACUCUUAGUGACAUCACUACACAGAAUACAGAGAGACGACAUCACUAAGUUAAUACCCAUAUAUGUGAACUUAGCUAAUGUUGCUUCCCUACCAUCGUGAUGAACAAUAUAAAGAUAUAUUGCUUUGUGAUUCUUGAUGAACUGCAGCAUUGCACCCGCCCCUCAUCACUGUACUGUUGGAGUCUGCCAAUGACUCUGGGUGGCUGUGGAUUAAUCCAUUAACUGAGCUAGGGGUGGAAGGUGGUUAAAGGAUCACAGCAAUGCUAACGUUACGAACAACAAAAUAUUUUGUCUUAAAUGUAAAUAAUUUAGGUGUUUUUCUGAUGAUAUUUACCAUGACAACAAUGUUUUAAAAUUGAUGUCAAUUGAGUACAAGUUACUGCAUUUAAAAAUACCACAAGUAGACUAAACCAUAGAAAUGGCACUGCCCAGUCUGGCUUCCUCACACUUUAUUUUCUUAGUGUACAUGUGUUUUGUUACAGGAAACAUUUUCAUUUUUUUCAUUGCCAUAUGUUAUGCAUUCCUACCAAGAGUCUUGCAUUUCAGUUUUUGGGAAAUCCAAAACUACUCUUUCAAUAAUGCUUUUUCUCAUCAUUUAUUAAUUAGCAUUAACUGUAUCACUUUAUUUGAAAAUAAGUACAAAUGUUUGGUUACUGCAGAUAUUAAAAAACAAGAACAGUUAAUGUUAAUUAAUAAAUUAACUUUAUUAAUCUGUUAGGAUCUGUUUCAUUGGAUUAUUAAGAGAACAAAUAUGAUUGGUCAAAUUCUGAAUGCCUAAUUUGAAUAUUUGAGUUUAUUCAUCACAUGAUUCGUCAGUUUGUUAAAACAAUGUAACCCUAAACUGAAUACUGAUUCAUGUUUGCUCAGUUUUUCAUUGUAGAUCCAUUUAGACCAUGUACAACUAUACCGGUUGCCAGUUUUGUGAGAAAAAAAACAUCAAUUUUUUUGUAGCAGUAAACAUUUUUCAUUAGGUUAGGGAGUCAAUUUACUCCCUCCCUGUGAACUCGUAUUUAUGUAUGCUUCAUCUGACACUGAUGUAAUCUGUGAGAAGACUUUACACUUACUUCAUUUCAAAAAACAAUUAAAAUAUUUAUUAUAAUUU